CUCAAGUUAGACUAGGGGCCUGUGGAAACAUGAAGAGGGUUAAUAGCUGUGUGAAGAGUGAUGACCAUGUCCUGGAGGAGCUGGAAACAGAAGGGGAGAGGCAGCUGAAGAGCCUUCUUCAGCAUCAACUUGAUACUUCUGUCUCUAUUGAGGAAUGUGUCUCUAAGAAAGAAAGUUUUGCCCCUGGUACUAUGUACAAGCCCUUUGGGAAAGAAGCAGCUGGGACUAUGACUUUGUCCGAGUUCCAAACACUGCAUGAAAAGGACCAAGAGACUGCUUCUCUCAGGGAACUAGGACUCAGUGAAACAGAAAUCAUGAUCUGGAAAAGCCAUAUUUCAGGUGAAAAGAGGACAAAGCUGAGAGCAACUCCUGAAGCAAUACAGAAUCGUCUUCAAGAUAUUGAAGAAAGAAUCUCAGAGCGUCAGCGCAUCCUUUGCUUGCCACAGAGAUUCUCAAAGAGCAAACAGCUGACCCGACGAGAAAUGGAAAUAGAAAAGUCUUUAUUUCAGGGAGCUGAUCGUCACUCUUUCCUUAAGGCUCUUUAUUACCAAGCAUACCACAAAAAGACAAGUGCAGACAAGUACAUGACCUCAAUGAAGAGGAAGAUAAAAUUAGGCACAAAAGAUGAACCCCAAAAGAAGAACAAAGGUGAUCCCAUGAACAACCUGGAAAGUUUUUACCAAGAGAUGAUAAUGAAAAAACGUCUUGAAGAGUUCCAAGUUAUGAGAGGUGAACCUUUUGCUUCACACUCACUGGUCUCAGCUACAUCAGUGGGUGACAGUGGCACAGAUGAGAAAGCAUCAUUACUCCUGAACAAGGGAAAACAGGCAGCACAGGGUAAAGGUGCCAGUCUCCAUGUGGCAAAAGUUAUUGAUUUUUCACCUGAGCGGUGUUGGACUGAGCCUAAGAAGCUGACGCAACCAGUAGAACUUGUCCCAGAAGAUGAGAUCCAAAGAAAUCGUUUGUCAGAGGAAGAGAUCCGAAAAGUUCCUAUGUUUUCUUCAUAUAAUCCAGGGGAACCAAACAAGGUGUUAUACCUGAAGAACCUUAGCCCUCGAGUGACUGAAAGAGAUCUUGUGUCAUUGUUUGCUCGGUUCCAGGAGAAAAAAGGACCUCCUAUUCAGUUCCAAAUGAUGACUGGACGAAUGAGAGGACAGGCUUUUAUCACUUUUCCCAAUAAGGAGAUAGCAUGGGAAGCCUUACAUCUAGUAAAUGGAUAUAAACUGCAUGGGAAAAUAUUGGUAAUAGAGUUUGGGAAAAACAAAAGUCAACAGUCAGACCUCCAGGAUCCUUCUCUCAUAUCAUCUAUGACAGACAGCAGUGUCGAGAUCAGUGAUAGCUAGAAUGAAUAUACAUUGUCCUGAAUGAUCAGUCUUGCAUUAGAAUCUUGGAGCUAAGAUUUGUUUAAAGAACAUAAAUUAACUGAGACCGGAAAAAAAUGUAAUUAGGGCAAUGCCUUUCAGGUAUUAUAGAUAACUAGAACAUAUUUUCUACAACCAAAAAAUAUACAGGACAAAAAAAAAUAUCCUGAGUAUUAAGGGUAGUAUACAAAGAGUAUUAUUUUUCUCAAGGUAAAUUACAUAGUAUUAUUCCUGAGAAUUUUGUUAAAUUUUUAUUUCUGGUGUCUUCAAAAUUUACCCCUAGAGGGUUGGUGAAAUGGCUCAGUA